CGUUGAUGUCAAGUCUACGUCGAUUGCAUCUUCCCACAGUGAUGCUUCUCCGCAGGUCACCUUCAUGGAUUCUUUUCCAUCCCGCAUCUCUCUAGUUAUUUAGCGAAGCUAUUAGCUCUGAAACAAGACAAGAAAAGAGAAGAAAACAAAAACAUCAGACAUCAGUCUUCUACGUACUACAAGAUACAUCAGAUACUUACAUCAUCCCGAGACUGAAGCUUCUACGUACAAUUCUUGAGACUUCCUGAAAGAAAAAUCAGUCUCCAAUACGGUCUUCUAGUACAGUCUUCAGACAACCUCAGCAAUAAACCGCAGCGAUAACUACAAACACCUCAACCGCAGCAAUAUACAGCAGCAAUAUACCCCGACUUGCUCAAUAAACACGACCUCAACCUAGCUCAAAAAACUAAAAACGCCUCAAAACGAACAAGAUGGCGCCGGCUUUCCCGGACGUGAAAAUCAUGUUCUACGCGAACUUGUGGAGUACGAUCGCGAGUUGUCACCUUGCCCUCUGUCAUUACAUGGCAACUAUGAUUGCUAUGGAACUACACUUCUUUCUUUUACAUAUUGAGAAUAUUAGCGCCUAGAAUAGAUGGAUCCUACUUAGCAUGGCCACUACAAUAAUAUAAACGCUAUUUUAUCUUUUAUCUACGUACAUUUCUUUUUACUUUUCCUAGUAGUUAGGUUGGCUCCACCCAUAAUAUGAGUUCCGUGACGAUCUUCUCUACUUUCUUUUUCUGAGAAUUUUAGGUACUGUAUUAGUAUCUAUAGUAGGUUGGCUCCAGCACAUAUAUCAGUAUUUAUAGUCCCGGAUCGAUGAAUUAAAAAACUUGUCAGGGACAUCAAUCAAUCAACUGUAUGCGGCCACUGUCAGCCACGUGAAUCACAUCAAUCGCAUCAAUCAAUAUAGGCACACCAAUCACAUCAAUCAGUCAAUCCUUAUCGUCCUCAUUUUUUUUUGGAGAAUGAGUGAUAUGAUUUCCUUAAAUAAAGUAUCCCCUUUAUAUGAUGUUUUUGGGGAAUGAGUGACAUGUUUUCCUCAAUAUCCCCAUCAUUCUCGGAGUUGAGCAGGUGCCGGGGGUGCUCGAUGUGCAGGAUUCACAACCUAACCGAAGGAAUGAAUGAAAUAGAAAUGACGCACAUCUACUUUCUGCAAGUGAUUUAAAAAUAGCUGCGGUCUAGAAUACACAGAAUCGAAUUUUCUAAGAAGCUUGGGCCUAUAUUCGAUACCAUCUACUUUCCGGACUCGGUCAACUGGCAGUGGGUCAUCAUGACUGCAGAAUGGUUCGCGUGCUUCUCUUACCUUCUUUUAAGGCUUUCUUCUAGAUGAUGAGGCUCUUGAGAAAUUGUUUCGCCUAAUUGGGAAAAACCAUUUGCAUUUGUAGUAUUUCUCGGGAAAAGUUGAAUCACUUACUUCUUGACAUAAUCAUUUGUAGCACUAGCGAAGAUUCAGACCACUAUUGAGGUUCUUCUCACAAGUAAAGUGCUAGGAGAACAAAUAAAGGCUUCGUUUCUCAUUUCUCAUUUUUACUCCCUUAGGAUAUAUGAGGCGUGCUGCAAAUCUAGGCUGGCUUUUCCCGUGUUGUAGGCUUAGGUCCAGCGACGCUUAAAGCACAUAAAGAAGAAAUGUAGAAAGUAGUCGUCUCAUUUCUCAUGUCUCACUUGCCUAUAUGCUUACCUUGUCGAGGGUGAGCCAAGUAAAAAUAGUACUGCUGACAACAUGAUCCCAUGAGCCAACUCCUAUCCUAUCCUAUCCUAUCUAAUUUAAGUGUGGUCCCAUCGUUGGGGAGAUUUCCUUGGGAUUCUCGGAAACUGGCUGAAGAUGCUUGGCACGUGCUGUUUUUUCGUCCAAUGUGGCGUUUUUUUCUACGGUCCUGUUGAGAAGCCCAUCAUGAGUUAUGAACAGGGGUCGACUGUUCGCUACCCACUACCCGUGAUCUUUUUCUAUCUCUAUCUCAGUGCACCCAGCACGCACCGCACUAGUUCUAUUGUUUCACUUCAAACUACUUCAUGAACUAUAGGGUUAGUAGUACUCUCACCUAUGUUUUACUGCUUUUUGAACUGCGACAGGGACGCACACAUGAUGACAUGCUUUUCUGGCUUGAAAUAAUAAUCGAAAAUUGAAAAUAUGCGAGUAGCAAAUACAAUAAGCGAGCAGCUGCGAUUGUUAUCGAAGUUUCUCGCUUAUUUAAGUUUAUCGAAUAGGAUAGUCUAAUAAAUUUGAAUACAUCAAUCCGACUUCCUUUAGCCUGAUAAAUACUUAAAGUCGUCGCUCGUGUUUUAUAACCAAAACCGAGGUUGGUUGCAGUUGUCAAUCAACAACUCGGGAAAUCAAUCUCUCUAUCAAUGAAUGAAUGAAUGAGUGCGUCGCACAGACACAAUGAAUCAAGCAGACCAUCAUCAAAGACUACAAGGGGGUACUUCUCAAUCCACAUUUAUGGAAAAUCCAUCUCUCGUCUGUGGACGGCGAGUCCUACCCCAUCCUAUCCUAUCCUAUCCUGUCGUCUUCUAAUUUGGUCCCGGACCGUACGUGUCCGAUGACGGGCUCUCCUCUCUCUUCGGUAUCUCGUUAUUCGCUGUGGGUGGCAUCGUCCACACAGUCGGAUUUUACAAACUUUUCGGUUGGAGGAACACGACGACUUUGGGCAUCGUACUGCUCACCAUCGGCGCAAUUUUGUUGAUUUUCUUCUUCCACCUGCUAAGGCUUCUUACUUUGAGGAUGAUUUAAGUACUUCGAGGUGGAUGAUUAAGUCUUGAACUCGUACCUCAUGCUAGGUAAAUGAAUGAAUGAUACUUACAAUGAGGAUAAGAAUAUUCUUAUACUCUCCCUGUAGUUCUUUCAUCUUAACUGAGUAGUUGUUCGAGUUCUUCUUUCAAUUUCAGAUCUCCUCAUUCAUCUGAAGUAGUUUUGAGCUAGCAUAUUUUGACGAGCAUAGUUUUCUAUCAAAUACAUAGGGAAGGUCUACUCCAUUCUUGAAUACAAUAGAGGGACACAUAGGGAAGGUCUAAUCUUGUGCGUGACGUUUGGACCGACGCGCCAUUGGUAUGGUGAGAUUUUCCAUCCGGAUAUCGUUCGUACGGGCAUUGCCUGUGGAGAUGGUUGCCUCAUCGCCGGCUCCGUCGUUCUCCUCACUCCUAUGGUCGAAAUCUUAUUCACAACCAAACAAGGAGAAGGAGAAGGUAUACUACCCUUAGACUUUGUAAACAAGAAGAAGGACGAUAAAGUAUUUAGACUACACUUCUUAUAUCUAGUAGUCCUCUACCAGCACUUCUUUUAGGAGAAGGAGAGAGUAUACUACACUUAGACUUGUAUAUCUUGUUGUUGUGUUCCCCGACUUUGUCCUUACUGCCAAAACGAUAAGUAAAUUGCGUGCUUUUUGACAAAAAUACUGCCGUUCGCCGCCCCACCCUUGUUUAGCUUGGGUGCUAGGUGUUGGAUAGAAGCCCGUCUGGGUUUCUGUCCGCUUCGAAGUUCGCUUUCCGGCAGUCACCGCCAACUCAGUUUAAGUUUACUCACUUUAAUACACGACACCAGGUAUAGCCCAUAAGCGCACUUAUCGACACCUAACCGAGUAACCUUUUCAUAUGAUAUGAUAUUAGCUAACUAUAACUAACUAACUAACUAACUAACUAACUAACUAACUAACUCUUUCUAACUAACUAACUAACUAACUCACCUAAUAAUCUUUCUUACGUUCCUUUCACGACAGGUACUAAAGCGUGCGCUUGCUUCACAAAAAUACCCUGACUUUUUUGCUUCACACACAACAGGUAGAAGAGGUAUUCCAUAAAUGCGCGCGUCAUUCUCAAACAGCACUCACUUUUUCUCAUUCCAUAACAGGUAAAGUGCGCGCGUCGUUGUCCAUGCCAGACAGUGUGUUAUAUAGCCAAGAGUUUUUUAACAACUAUGGUUCCCUUGCAGAUGACGAACGCUCGAUCCUGAGCGAGAAAGUUAAGACCGUGUCGAAGUUGAUGUUGGGAGUAGUGGUAGUAGUAUUUGUAGCAGUAGCGCGGCCGUACUAGAACAGCAGACGUAGAUAGAUUGGCUUAAGAACUGUAGGAAAGAUAUUGGAGACUGUAGAAAAGAUAUUGGAGUACACAACCACUUUUUUUAGACUAUCUAAGGUUAGCAAGGUUUUACUCUCUGAUGUCCCCCACCUUGAACAGCUGUAGUGUAGGAAAAAAAUACACAAAGUAGAUCACAUCCUAGUACUAGCAAGAAGAAAUCAAGAACAAAAAGAUAACUCCGUCCCUCUCGUGCUUCACAGGCUUCCCGCUGGGUAAUGGAAUGCUCGUAGCGCUGGAAAAAUUUGUCGACACAGGCAACAAAAAAGAAAUACCUCAAGAACAGGCAAAUGAGUGAGUGAAUGCCUGGCGAAGGUAAGCUACCUCCUAGAAGAAGAAGGGUUCCUCCACGAAGGAUUUCUACUCUCGUAUGUUUCCCAUUCCCUUGUGAACAACGUAAACACCGCCUCCCAUCGAUCCUUGAGUAGGAACAGCGUUCUUGGUGAUUGUCCUCUCUCUAUCAUGUUUCCCUGAUCACGAACCUAAACGCCUACCCGCCUCUCUCUAAGAAAAAAACAGCGUUGGUGAUUGUCGACUACCAAGCGGACUUUAUGGAUGGCGGCGCAUUGGCAGUUCCUGGAGCCGAUUACACGACCUACAGGGGGGCCAUGGAUAAUUACGGCGAUGUAAGGAAACGUAUUACUAGCAGUACUAGCAUGCUUAAUACUGCAUUGUAGUUUCUAUGUAGUUGUAGAAGAUGAAGAAAGCAGGGGUGCCAUGCCCAUGGAUAGUUCAGUUAGGAGAGAGACCCACAGGGGGGCCAUGGAUAAUUACGGCCAUUCCGAAAAAAAAGUGGAUGAAGACUAGAUAAAUUACAGUAGUAUUAGUCAAUGCGGCCAUGAUGUAAAUAUUACACGACCUACAGGGGGGCAAUGAAUUUACUGUAAUACUUUUUAGAAGAGCAAUGUAAUCGAAGCAUGUUGCUUACGGUAUUUCUAAUUCGUGACGAUUAUUUACCCAGUAGCUUAAUACCUUUUCCUUUUUUCUAGAUGGGUACCAACCACGACCACACUAUUUGGUAGAAGAAAACAGUAGCGGGAAUCUCUUCCAAGUCUACUGGCUUCUGCUUACACGCUUCGCUAAUAUUUCUUAUCACUUAUUAAUAUUGCUGAAAGCAAGUACAUAAUGAUCCAUGCUUAACCGCAACGGCUGUCUAUCCUUCUAAUAAUAACGAAUGCUAAUCCCUAUCCCUGUCUACUAAUACUUGUUUAUCACUUGUUGAAAAUAUUGGCGAAUAAAGUACAUGAAUAAAUAGAAAACCAUCUUUGCUUACCCUUUCUUUCCAGAACUUUGCACUUAGUGAUCACGCUAACCUUUGCCAUGUAGUUCCUACACUUUCUAAUAUCCUUCCCCAAUGAUUAUAACCAUACCAGUCCCUACAACUACUUUUUACCCUUUCUUCGACUUCUAAUAUCCAUUUAUCAACUACUGCCGCAAGCACAUGGACUGCGAGGUUUGCUGGUCUAUGGACUCUCAUCCGCCUGGCCACUCAUCCUUCAUCACGAGCUAUGACGCUGACACGAUCGCCGCGAAGGGACUCAAAGUCUUUGAGAUUGGCAAAUUGACCCGCAAAAACGAAGCCACGGGUCAAGAGGAGGAAUAUGAUCAGGUACUACUGCUUCUAUACAACUUCCAAGUAGAUUACUAUGUACUACUGCUACGUACUAUGUCAAGAAGAGGAAUAUGAUCAGGUACUACUGCUUCUUCUCUCAUAGUAGAUUCUUUUUCGGCGUUUUCAUAGUCGUGAAUGCUCACCUCCUUGAGGCGAGCCAGCUCCUAUCCUAUCCUAUAUACAACUUUCCGGGCUGUUCUCUUUAAUUAUUCCCAUAACAGAGUAGUUUAUAGCACGCAUGGUGCACGGAGUAGCAUGGAGUGCAUGGAGCGCAGAGCUUUAAGGGGCGCAAGAAGCUCCCCCUUUGGCUCCAUGCUACUCCAUGUGAUCCAUGCACUCCAUGCCAUGCGCGCUGUGAAACCUUAUAAAUUGCUCUGCCAUAAAAAUACUCAGCGGCUUCGUCCCACCAUCUACUUCAACGAUAAAUAGUCAACGACUUUCUUAUCGCAAAAAUAGAGAAUGUUGUCAUAAUGAACUACUGCAGCUUACUCCUCUAAUCUCCUAUCUACCAGUCUUACCGCAAACUUUUUUUGUCAUGUAAUCACCAAGGACUUACUUAUAUUUUCAUAUUUCACGACUCUUCUUCAUCAAUUUCUCCUUUUCACUCAGACAAUGUGGCCUGAGCACUGCGUGACUGACUCUGACGGAUGGCAGUGCGUAUUGGCGCCAGAACCUGGUGAGUACAUUCAGCGCAAGGGUGAGCGAAAGGAAUUCGACUCCUACUCAGCAUUCAUGGUAAUUUGAUGAGUUCCUACUCUGCAUUCAUGGUAACAAUAGCCUGUACAAAGAGACUUUUCAAUUUGUGACUCAUAUACGCGAUCGUCUUCAAGGAAAUCUUAGGCAAGGUGCCGAAUAGAUUCGAAUCAUCAAUACAAGAAAUAUGCAUAAUAUGCUGUAUAAUACACGACAAAUAAUUCAAGAUUAUCCACAGGAUGAUGGCGGCAAGAGGACGGGUCUGGGUGACUACUUGCGGUCAAAGGGCAUCAAAAAUGUAGUGGGCAUCGGAUUGGCCACUGAUUUCUGCGUUCUCUUCACGUGCAAGGAUGCCGUGGGUGAAGGAUUCAACACUUAUGAAUGCUUUGGAAGUGGAAGCACGAUUAAUAUUUUCUUUCUCACAAUAGGGAUAGGCAUAUUAGACCAGCUAGCUUAUUAUCAAAAAAAAGUAGCUGAGUUGAGAUGUUCUUGUAUUCCUCUAGUACAUUUGUCGUGCGUGAGCCACAUUGACUUUGAUCCACACUACAUUUCUGAGUCCUCACCCCUCAUCCCCGCACAUCCUCUUCUUCUAACCACAGUACGCAAUUCCAUCUUUGUGCCGUGGCAUCGCACCGAACUUUGACUGGGCUGCUUACACGGAUGCCGGCGUCAAGUUGAUCAACGAUCCUGCCAGCGCUAACGAAGGCCCUUAAGUAGUCACUCAAUAAUUUGAGUAUAUGAGAAGUAUGACUAUGAUAAACUGUGUGACGUGAUUUGAAUAAUGUAUGAGGAGUAGUUAUGCCGAAGAGGAGCAGUCACCUUGUGUCGCGGUGAAGUGGAGGCAUCCAAUCCUAUCGUAUCUGUAUCUGAAGGAUUAUUUGAAUAGUCUAAGGAUUAUUUGACUUUGAGUAGUCUGAAGAUCUUCAUAUCGAAUUGAUGUAGGAGAAAGUAUUCAAUUCAGGAUCGCAUUAGGCGCCUUGCCGCAUAAGAGAUUCAAGUCCUGUUAUAUCGACUUCGACAUUCGAGUUAUCACCUGCUCAAGUGAAGUUGUUUGAUAUGAUAUUACACUGAUGAAAGAAGAGCUUGGAUUGUUGUACUUAUUCUCGUUUCGUAUUAGAGUAGUUCUAUCGUUACCUCAAGUUGAGAAUGCUAUUAUCAUCGUUUCGCCUAGGUGGAGGUGCUAGUUUGUUCGCCUCCUCAGGAUAGAUUUCAGAUGGAGCGAAUGACGUUGCUUGGCAUUAUCUGUACAGUAGAAGUCUGAAGUCCUCGUGAUUUUUAAAGUAUCAGAUUAUGACAGACCUCCGGACAAGAAGUAGAGGAGCUACAUCCUCCAUGAGAAGGUGGGAUGUAUGACUUUUUGCUAAGAGUUUUAGAUGAGGCAAACGAGGUACUAAGUACUAUGUAGAUUCGUUGAGUGAGGUUCUUCAGUUCGAAGAAAGUAUGAGUAUGUUGUAGAUUUAAGAAGUCUAAUUGAUACUAAGUAGGCUGUCAGUCGGGUCAAGUAGAUCUAGAAGAUGAAGAAGAUGUUGGGCAAGAUGAAGUAGACGCUGUUGCCCGCUUAUUAAACUUCUGUAUUAUUGUUUUUGAUUGCUUGGGCUGUUUGAUGUAAUUGGAAAAUAAUCGUUGUAAACAUGUACACUUACCUACCAUUGGAACAAUGAAUGAUCGAAACCUAAAACUACUUACUAUACGUAUGAUCAUGAUCAUCUAAAAAAAUGUAUAGAAGAUUUGUCAACUUUGAAAAAGCCAAAAUAAUUACUAAUCCAUCGCACGACUGUAUACGAACUUUGAGCUAUUGAGCUAUUGCACUGUAUAAGAACUUGUAUGCUUGAGAGGAGCUGUUUAGUGUUAUAAGUUAGGGAGCUAACGAAGAUUGAUAAUUCCACUAUCGUCUAGAACAACUGCACUAUUGAGUAGACAACUGCACUAGUGAGCUAUAGAUAUUGUUGUGACAACUACAGCAAUUGGAUGCAUGAUACGUUGUCCUUCAGUGGCGGCGACUUGUCUAGACCUGGGCACCAAGUAGGUUAGAAAAGCACCACCAGGUGCAGGAAGUAGGUUUAGGUUUGUUUUUUGGCCGCUCUUCAGUAGCCAACCAGCACUCUUCAGUCACCUACGAUGAAAAAUGUAGGCCGACAUCCUAGAACCUAACCUAAACUAUUAGGCUAUCUUCGCGAUCACGUAGAAUGACUGUCAUAAGUGCUCGCAGUUGGUUUAUUUACGUUCUUAAUUCCACAUUAUCAUGGCUCCACCCAUAUUAUUGACAUUCUUCGAAAACGACAAACAAGUAACUUCAGUAUUCGUUUUGAGGUAUUAUGUAAAGAUCUAUCAAUAUGCAAGAUAGAGUUAGCACGUCAUUCAUUGAAACAAAAGCUUGAAAAUAUGAACACUCGUAGUCUAGCAAAACUACUCAUUACUUCUCGCGUAGCCUAUGGAAAAAAAAAACACCUAGCAAUCUGGCGUGAGUGAGGCCCUUGAACUUGAACUACUCCGAGUAAGCCUGGCACUGGUAAGAUCCUGGUAAGAUCGUGUUCCGACAUUUAAGGGAGACCCUGCCGUCAAAGCGAUGAAUAGAUCACGUUCAUAGUAAUUAAGAGCCCGACGGGAGGGUCUAUAAAAGGGCAUGAAGAAGUUUUAGGCGGGGAAAAAUACCGCACCUACUAGAUGUGUAUCGGAAAACGAUGACGAAUAAAGAGAAUUCGAAUGAAAAUGGAAAGAGAAAAGAUGGCCCUCAAGCGCUGGCUCUAUCCGGGUAUAUUUUCGACGCUCAAGCGGUCGAUGGUAGAUUGGCAAGUGCGGGCGGCCACGCGGAAAGUAGCAAUAGUACUUGGUAGUGCAGCAAUUGCGACCCCGGUGCGGUCACGAAGGAGACCGGUCCAUCUUCACUUCCACAGGUAGUCUUCCGCGGAGGCGAGUGCUUGCGCGGUUGUGUCGUGCUCAUGCUUGAACCCCGUAGGCCGUCUAGGCGUUUCAAUAAUACUGAUCUGCAUACGUAAGUAUUUAUAUUUCAUGACUUUUAUUUGCCACACGAGUGAAUGAAGAAGUGGAAGUUGGGUAAACACAGGAAGACAAGUCUCGCAGCAAGGUAAGAUGAAAAUGGCAGGCAGGUAAGGGCAAUGUCGUACCAGUACAGCACAGACACCGCGCGACAGCUGAGAGGUAUAGGCUGCCCUUGUCAUCGACAGCUGCCAGCUCGGUUGAUGUUGUUGGAGUUCCGUGAAUUAAAAGAGAAAGAUACAGAUAUCGAAAAAAGCAAGCUCGAAAGUCUGAAAAUAUAUACUCGCCGCCUGCCUUGAGUAACAUCCGAAGUGACGGCUCUGGGAGGAAGUCCAGAAACAAGGGCAUGUCUGAGUCAGUUGGUUGCUCGAGUUUUUCGCUUACUAGUGUGGUGGUAGCUUCUUCGAAGCGGAUAGUAGAAAAAGGUUUAACAUAACUGGCGCGUCUUCUAAUGACCGGGCAGCAGAUCCGACGGGCAGGAUACCCGCGCCAGACAGAACUGCUUGCAGUACUGCUGUUUGAGUGAAAGAACCAGAGCGAUAGAACAAAUUCCAAAACUUGCAUUUUUUAUUUCAAACGCAGUGUGAAUGACUAUAUUAAGCUGCAUCCACAUGAUGCAGCGACUGUGUUUCAUUGUUUACAGACGGCAACUGCGCUCUCCAGGGGGAAACGAUAGUAGGUGGCAAGGUGAAGCACGGGCUGAAGGGUCCCAUACUACUGAGUUGGAGCGGGGGCGCCGUGUCUGCGCAGCAGGCUAGGGUGGAGAAGCAACGAGCAAACGAGAAGAGGAGACUGAGGUCUCUAGACGGCAGACUGCAGCUGCUAGAGGAACGCGAAAAGGAGGUAGAGGGACUGGAAGACCUAAAAGAACAAGUGCAGGCUCUGUCGAGGGAGAUCAAAGAUCUAAGAGCAGAAGGCAAAGGAAAAACAGACAAACUAGAGGAGAAGGUGGCGGACCUUGAGCAGAGGGUGGAGCAGCACGACCAACAGUUCGAAGAGAUAGCAGAACUACACACGGUGGUGUCGCAGCUGAAAAUAGACCACGACAAGAAGAGGGAGGAGGACGACAAGAGGUGGGACUCACUCUUCGCUCACCUCAAGAAGAGCGAGCUCGCGGGCCAGGGAGCUGGAGGCGAGAGGGACAAAGACAGCGGUGCUGAAGGCAGCUGCGACGAGGGAAGUAGAGCCAGCGGCGGCAAAAGGGUUCUAGAGCGAAAGGACACGAGUGAAAAAGACCGAAAGCGACCAACAAACGGGGCCACCAGCGGAAGGGAGCCGCCGGGCCUCGAGAAAAAGACGUAACGGGAAAGUGCUGCUACCGCAGCAGAGAGGGGAACUACAGCAGAACUACAACAAGAGAAAAAACGAACAUGAAGCUCUUUCGUAGAGAAACAACGACCAAGCACUUCUACUAUAGUGGCGAAAGGGCCGCACGUUAAAAGCACUCUCGAAUACAGGAGCGGCCUGGUACAAGGACGCGCCCUGUUGUACAGAAGAGGACAAAGUGGCCUCACAAGUAGCGCGCGAAACUAAAGCAGGAAGCUAAAGCGGACAAAGCGGCCGCGCACCAAGAGCAAAGUCUCUGGGGUUAAACUACAAGUCAGAGGAAGUAACAAGUAGCAAGUGAAGAACCGCACAACGACAGGGCACUCUAUUAGAAGGAAACCAAGUAAAGAAAGGAUCGACGAAAAGAAAAACUGGUGGAAGACCAAAAGAAGAAGGAGAAGUGCAGCGAGGAAGGCUGCUACAAUCCUACGGCGCCAGCAGGCAGAUGCUAGCGAAGUAGGUUUCAAGACGAAAAUCAGCGUUGCGAACUGGUUCGGCGUCUUGUGUAAAAAGACAAACUUAGCUCCCAAAGAAUCUCAAGAUGAAGAUCGAGAAACUAGAAGUUGGAUGUUGGAACGUUAGAUCGAUACAUAACACGGCGAAGGCGCACGAGAGUGAGGUCAAACUCAAGUCGAUCCUGCUACAGCUAGAGGCCGAGUGCAUACAGCUAGCGGCACUCACGGAAACAAACAAGCCCAAGACAUGCGAGGAACAGGUAGGAGGCUGGACAUUAUACCACGCUGGGGGGAAAGGACGAACAGGUGCGUCGUGGGCUAUACGCAACGAGAUAAGACACUUGGUGGCUGACUGGAGGGCGUUGAGCGGGCGGGCAUGCAUCCUGGACCUGAAGGCACCAGCCGGGGGGAGGCCACUAAGAUGCAUCAGCGUAUACGCGCCCACAGCAGUAGACGAGAACGCCAGCAAGACAGAGGCCUUCUACUCGGACAUAAGAGGAGCCCUCAGAGGGACAACGAGGUCGAUGGUACUAGGAGACUUCAACGCAAGACUACCGCUAGGACCGAGCGAGUGCACCGGGCGGCACGGGAGGGCUGUUAACCAGAGGGCCAACAAGAACACAGAGUCCCUAAGGAGCUUCGCCUGUGAGGUCGGACUACAGUCAAUGGCAAGCUACUUCAGACACGGGCACCACGGUUACGGAACAUGGGCGCACCCAGACACAACAAAGGGAGCAGCAAGGUGGCAGCAGAUAGACCACUGCUUGUGCAGCGUAAACCUGAUUGCCACGAUACAGGAUUGCAGGGUAGUGCACACAGACAAACGCUUCUCGGACCACAAGAUGGUGAAGCUAACACUGAGGACAGACGCUUUUGGGUGGUACGGGAGGAGGAAGAAGAAGCACACAGCCGUAAGGGUACCAAGGCCAGGCCGGGAAACGCCGGACCAGAGGAAAGCCUAUAACGAAGCCGUAGAGGGGACAAAAGGAGACAUACAGGAAGCAAUGCGAAAGGCAGCUCAGAAGGUCUUUGGAGAAGAGAAGCAGGAGAAGCCGUGGAUCACGCAGGAGUUCAGGGAUGUCUGGCUCGAGCGGCAGGCACAGCUCCGAGCAGGGGACAAGGAGGAGGCCAAGAGGCUGCUAAAGCUGCUGUCAUGGAUAGAGAGAAGGGAUGAGGAGAAGUGGCUAGAAAUGACUUGCGCAGAGGCUGACGAGUAUUAUGCGAAGAGUGGACUGGCGCCGGCAUUGGGAAGAGUAAGCAGGUACUACGGCAGGAGGCCCGCGCAGAGGGUAAGAAGGGUGACAACUGAGCCGCUGGCAUAUAGCGGGAGGACCGAGCACACAGCCAAGGGCAAGGCGGAGCUUCACAGAGCAUUCUACGAAACAGUCUUUACAGGGCAGGAGCCAUCCUCGUAUCCAGCGGAGACAGCCACAGAAGGCAGAGGGGGCCUCAGGGGUGUCAGCAGCACUGUCACAGACAGGGAGAUAGAAGACGCGGUGAGGAGGUUGAGGCUAGGGAAGGCGAGCGGCACCGACGAGCUUACCGUGGAGCAUCUCCUUCUACUAGAAGGAACAAACAAAAAGAGGCUCCUAGCAGCAGUAAGGAGGAGAUGGGAGGGUGCGGAGCUCAGCCCACACGAGGUAGAGUCAUUAGUAACAGCGCUUCCAAAGCGGGGAAAGGACCAGAGCAAGGCAGAGGGGUGGCGGCCCAUAUCGCUACUAAACGUACUAGCAAAGGUACACGCGCAGUUGGUUCACAGCAAGAUCUCGAGAGCUAUAGACAGCAUCCUCGGGGAGGAGCAGGCGGGAUUCAGGAGGUACAGGAGGGCCGUCGACAAUACACUGGCGCUAAAGAUACUAGCACAGAACGAGAGGAAGGCAGGGAGGCCGCUCUUCUUGUUGUUCAUCGACCUGCAGCAGGCCUUUGACAAGGUACCUCGCACACUGAUACAGCGCGCCUUCGAGUACUAUGGUCUACCUGAGGAGAUGCAGGCUAAGUUCUGGGCGCUAUACAGGGGGCAUCUGUUCCAGGUGAAGCGAGACGGCGCGAGAAGCAGGCCAACAGAGACAACAACAGGAACCAAGCAGGGCUGCCGACUGUCGCCAACCAUCUUCAGCCUGGUCGUGCGGUGCGUACUCCUACACACAAGGCAGACAGGGGGGCUAAGGCUGGGACAGCAGAGGAUCACGAGGAGUGACAGCAUGGCAGCCACUGAUGGAGACGAGCUCAGGAGGCUCCUAUACGCCGAAGAUAUAGUCUGCUUCGCAGAGAGCUGGCAGGAGCUUCUCGAGGUAGUGGGAGACAUAAAGCAGACCUUCACACCGUUCGGGUUGCAGGUAAACGAGGGAAAGACAAAGUUCCUAGUAGUGAACGCUGAGGGACAGCCAGAGACCUUCCCUGAGGCGAUCGGCAUGAUCGGGAGGGUCAGGGAAUUCGAGUACCUGGGUACGAUCAUCACAGAGGAGGCCGACGAUGAGAGGGACAUAGAGGCGAGAAUAAACAAGGCACAAAAGAAGACAGGGGAGCUGGGCCGCAUACUCUGCAGCAGUAGAGUUCGGCCGCAGCUGAAGGUGAAGGUUCUCAACUCGUUCGUCUACCCGGUCUUAGCCUGGGGGGCGGAGACUUGGGCUCCGACACAGAGGCAGGAGGACGCGUUGGACACCUUCUGGAACAGGAAGCUGCGGCAGUGCCUAGGUAUAACGAAGAGGGACAGGUGGACAACAAAGGAAGUUCUAACGAGCCUAGACCAGAGGAGGCUCUCAGAGAGACUACAGUCCGCACGUCUGAAGUACCUGGGUCACGUCGUACGCUACCCAGAGGGGCGAUGGGUGAGGAGACUGAUAGGGGCAACAGACGCUGGGAGGCCAGCGAAGACCAACAGAAAGGGAAGACCGAGGGAAACGUGGAGGGAUAGGGUAUCCAAGGAACUAGUGGCUAGAUUUGCCACAAUGGAUGAUUGCCUAGAAAGAGAGCGAUGGAAGAUCAUAGCUGAGGGAAAGGCAAACGACCCCCCCCCCUCCUCCACCAUCGACAUCUUCAGCGCAGCACUUCUUCUUCUUCUUCUUCUUCCUCUCAAAUCCUUCUACCACAGGACCCACCUCAACUAGCACUAGAACUAGAAUAUCAGCGCCAGCACCAUCGGCAACAGCUUCAGCUUCAUCAUCAUCACCUUCAACAACAGGACACAACUGGCGAAAUAGUAGCAAUGGAAGCAAAUAGCGAGCAAGUAGAAGCGCCGCAUCCACAUAGUCAACUUUUUCAACACAACAGUUUCAACAUCAGGGAAAUCCGUAAAACUCAGAAGAGAUUCAGGGAAGUCGUAGGACAAUUCCGAACCGACUAACAUCAUCAUUAGGUUGCGUAGUAUCGUUGCAGCAUUUCAGGCAUUUCCUAGACAGGUCGGUCCUCGCGUGCAGCUCAAGCACAGCUCGGUCUAGUAAAGUAGACUCUUUUUCGGCAUUUUCAUAGUCGUGAACGCUCACCUCUCCGAGGCGAGCCAAAUCCUAUCCUAUCCAAUGAUCUACGACCAUGACCUCCCGACUGAUAGGGUUUGAUUCUCUUUUCUAAAUAGAAAUAAUGUAUAGAAAAUGAAUAAAGUGGCUGAAACAUUAGGUGAACAAAACGCAAACAACAUCAAUGACAUGAACAUCGAUUAUUUCUUUGUGUUUGUAUUGAUUUUAAUGCAGAAAACAAUUUCCAGUGAAUUGGAAUCUUUAGAU